CAUUGCUCAAUCUUUAAAAUUUCAAGAAUAUUAGAAAACUCUCCAUCUCUCUGAGAGUGAAAAUGGAGAUAUCAGUUGCGUUAGUAACAGUUUCAGUAGCUAUAGUUGUUGUGUCGUGGUGGACAUGGAGAACUUUAAAGUUGGUAUGGUUUAGACCAAAGAUGCUUGAGAGUUACUUGAGAAGACAAGGUCUCUCUGGUACUCCGUACACGCCUCUCGUCGGCGAUUUAAAGAUAAACUUUGGUAUGACGAUGGAUGAAAGAUCCAAACCCAUCAAACUAACGGAUGAUAUCUCACCACGUGUCAUGCCUUUUCCAUUCGAAAUGCUCAAGAAUCACGGAAGGACGUUUUUUACAUGGCUUGGAACUACACCAACCAUCACUAUAAUGGAUCCUGAGCAAAUCAAGGAAGUGUUCAACAAAAUUUAUGAUUUCCAGAAGCCACAUACGUUCCCUUUGCGUAACGUGGUAGCCAAGGGACUCGCUAAGUAUGAUGGUGAGAAAUGGGCGAAACACCGAAGAAUCAUCAACCCGGCAUUCCACCUUGAGAAAAUCAAGAAUAUGGUACCUGCGUUCCACCAAAGCUGCAGCGAGGUUGUUGGCAAAUGGGAAAAGUUAGUCUUGGAUAAAGGAUCCUCAUGUGAGGUGGACGUGUGGCCAGGGCUUGUGAGCAUGACUGCAGAUGUGAUCUCUCGUACUGCUUUUGGCAGCAGCUACAAAGAAGGACAGAUGAUAUUUGAGCUCCAAGCUGAACUAGCACAGCUAAUGAUGCUAACGUUUCUGAAAGCUUUCAUCCCUGGAUAUCUUUAUCUCCCAACAAAGGAUAAUAGAAGGAUGAAGGCAGCAUCCAGAGAAAUCCAUGUUAUACUGAGAGGGAUCAUUAACAAAAGGUUAAGGGCUAGAGAAGCUGGAGAAGCACCAAGCGACGAUUUGCUAGGUAUACUUCUUGAAUCGAAUCUAGGACAAGCUAAAGGAAAUGAAAUGAGCAUUGAAGAUGUGAUGGAGGAAUGUAAGUUGUUCUAUUUCGCUGGACAGGAGACAACUUCAGUGCUUCUGGUCUGGACAAUGGUUCUGUUAAGUCAACACCAAGAGUGGCAAGCUCGCGCACGGGAAGAAGUGAAGCAAGUUUUUGGAGACAAAGAACCAGACACAGAAGGCUUGAACCAGCUAAAACUUAUGACGAUGAUUCUUUAUGAGGUCCUUAGGCUAUAUCCUCCAGCAGCGCAGCUGACCCGAGCCAUUCACAAAGAGAUGAAGCUAGGCGACCUGAUACUACCAGGAGGCGUUCAGAUCAAUCUACCUAUUCUGCUAGUCCAACGCGACAUACAGCUAUGGGGUAAAGAUGCAGCGGAGUUCAAGCCAGAGAGGUUCCAAGACGGUGUCUCAAAGGCAACAAAGGGGCAAGUCUCUUUUUUUCCCUUUGGGUGGGGACCAAGGAUCUGCAUUGGCCAGAAUUUUGCUCUGAUGGAGACAAAGAUGGCUCUUGCUUUGAUUCUGCAGAGAUUCUCCUUUGAGCUUUCUCCUUCCUAUGUUCAUGCUCCUUACACAGUCUUGACACUGCAGCCACAGUCCGGCGCUCAUCUUAUCCUACACAAGAUUAGUUCCACCACCCCAUGUGAUGGUUUUAAAAAGAGCUUCUUUUAUACGUAAGAGUUUAGAUUAUUUAUUGUUCCAAUUCGCCGGAAGUGGAUAGAACAAGGAAAGGUCGCUAAACAAAAUAUUAAUGUUUCCGGAUUAUUUAUUUUUACGUAUUUAUAGAACUUCCUAAUU